ACCAACAACAGCAGAAACAACCGCAGUGACAACUACUACUAGCCCAACAAGUACAAUAUCAGAAACAAGCUUUGCCACAACAGAAGGUACAACAACCACAGCACCAACAACAGCAGAAACAACUACAGUGACAACUACUACUAGCCCAACAAGUACAAUAUCAGAAACAACCUUUGCCACAACAGAAGGUACAACAACCACAGCACCCACAACAGCAGAAACAAUUACAGUGACAAUCAUUACUAGCCGACCCAGUACAAUAACAGAAACCACCUUUGCCACAACAGAAGAUACAACCACAGCACCAACAACAGCUGACACAACUGCAGUGACAACUACUACUAGCCCAACAAGUACAAUAUCAGAAACAACAUUUGCCAUAACAGAAGGUACAACAACCACAGCACCAACAACAGCAGAAACAACUGCAGUGACAACUACUACUAGCCCAACAAGUACAAUAUCAGAAACAACCGUUGCGACAACAAAAGGUAAAACAACCACAGCAAUAAUAACAGCAGAAACAACUGCAGUGACAACCAUGACUAUUCAAACAAGUACAAUAUCAGAAACAACCGUGGCCACACCUGAAGGUAAAACAACCACAGCAAUAACAACAGCAGAAACAACUGCAGUGAUAACUACUACUAGCCCAACAAGUACAAUAUCAGAAACAACCUUUGCCACAAUAGAAGGUACAACAACCACAGCACCAACAACAGCAGAAACAACCGCACUGACAACUACUACUAGCCCAACAAGUACACGAUCAGAAACAACUAUUGCCACAUCAGGAGGUACAACAACCAAAACACCAACAACAGCAGAGACAACUGCAGUGCCAACUACUACUAGCCCAACAAGUACAAUAUCAGAAACAACCUUUGCCACAACAGAAGGUACAACAACCACAGCACCAACAACAGCAGAAACAACGUCAGUGACAACUACUACUAGCCCAACAAGUACAAUAUCAGAAACAACCUUUGCCACAACAGAAGGUACAACAACCACAGCAGCAACAACAGCUGACACAACUGCAGUGACAACUACUACUAGCCCAACAAGUUCAAUAUCAGAAACAACUUUUACCACAUCACAAGGUACAACAACCACAGCACCAACAACAGCAGAAACAACUGCAGUGACAACUACUACUAGCCCAACAAGUACAAUAUCAGAAACAACAUUUGCCAUAAUAGAAGGUACAACAACCACAGCACCAACAACAGCAGAAACAACCGCAGUGACAACUACUACUAGCCCAACAAGUACACGAUCAGAAACAACUAUUGCCACAUCAGAAGGUACAACAACCAAAACACCAACAACAGCAGAAACAACUGCAGUGCCAACUACUACUAGCCCAACAAGGACAAUAUCAGAAUCAACCUUUGCCACAACAGAAGGUACAACAACCACAGCACCAACAACAGCAGAAACAACUGAAGUGACAACUACUACUAGCCCAACAAGUACAUUAUCAGAAACAAUCUUUGCCACAACAGAAGGUACAACAACCACAACACCAACAACAACAGAAACAACUGCAGUGCCAACUACUACUAGCCCAACAAGGACAAUAUCAGAAACAACCUUUGCCACAACAGAAGGUACAACAACCACAGCACCAACAACAGCAGAAACAACCACAGUGACAACUACUACUAGCCCAACAAGUACAAUAUCAGAAACAAUCUUGGCCACAACAGAAGGUACAACAACCACAGCACCAAAAACAGCAGAAACAACUGAAGUGACAACUACUACUAGCCCAACAAGUUCAAUAUCAGAAACAACUUUUACCACAUCACAAGGUACAACAACCACAGCACCAACAACAGCAGAAACAACCGCAGUGACAACUACUACUAGCCCAACAAGUACAAUAUCGGAAAAAACCUUUGCCACAACAGAAGGUACAACAACCACAGCACCAAUAACAGCAGAAACAACUGCAGUGACGACUACUACUAGCCCAACAAGUAUAAUAUCACAAACAACCUUUGCCAAACGAGAAGCUACAACAAUGACAGCACUAACAACAGCAGAAACAACUGCAGUGACAACUACUACUAGCCCAACAAGUGCAAUAUCAGAAACAACCUUUGCCAAAACAGAAGUUACAACAACCACAUCACCAACAACAGAAUUUACCACAAAUUUGUACACAACAGAAGCUACAACAACCACAGCACCAACAUCUGGAGUGACAACUGUUACUAGCCCAACAAGUACAAUAUCAGAAACAACCUUUGCCACAACAGAAGGUACACCCACAGCACCAACAACAGCAGAAACAACUACAGUGACAAUCAUUACUAGCCGACCCAGUACAAUAUCAGAAACAACCUUUGCCACAACAGAAGGUACAACAACCACAGCAGCAACAACAGCUGACACAACUGCAGUGACAACUACUACUAGCCCAACAAAUUCAAUAUCAGAAACAACUUUUACCACAUCACAAGGUACAACAACCACAGCACCAACAACAGCAGAAACAACUGCAGUGACAACUACUACUAGCCCAACAAGUACACGAUCAGAAACAACUAUUGCCAUAUCAGAAGGUACAACAAGCAAAACACCAACAACAGCAGAAACAACUGCAGUGCCAACUACUACUAGCCCAACAAGGACAAUAUCAGAGUCAACCUUUGCCACAACAGAAGGUACAACAACCACAGCACCAAAAACAGAAUUUACCACAAAUUUGUACACAACAGAAGCUACAACAACCACAGCACCAACAUCUGCAGUGACGACUAUAACUAGCCCAACAAGUACAAUAUCAGAAACAACCUUUGCCAAAAGAGAAGAUACAACAUCCACAUCACCAACAACAGAAUUUACCACAAAUUUGUACAUAUCAGAAGCUACAACAACGACAGCACCAACAUCCGGAGUGACAACUGUUACUAGCCCAACAAGUACAAUAUCAGAAACAACAUUUGCCACAACAGAAGGUACAACAACCACAGCACCAAUAACAGCAGAAACAACUGAAGUGACAACUACUACUAGCCCAACAAGUUCAAUAUCAGAAACAACUUUUACCACGUCACAAGGAACAACCACAGCACCAACAACAGCAGAAACAGCUGCAGUGAGAACUACUACUAGCCCAACAAGUACAAUAUCAGAAACAACCUUUGCCACAUCAGAAGGUACAACAACCAAAACACCAAAAACAGCAGAAACAGCUGCAGUGAGAACUACUACUAGCCCAACAAGUACAAUAUCGGAAACAAUCUUUGCCACAACAGAAGGUACAACAACCACAGCACCAACAACAGCAGAAACAACUGAAGUGACAACUACUACUAGCCCAACAAGUACAAUAUCCGAAACAACCUUUGCCACAACAGAAGGUACAACAACCACAGCACCAAAAACAGCAGAAACAGCUGCAGUGAGAACUACUACUAGCCCAACAAGUACAAUAUCAGAAACAACCUUUGCCACAACAGAAGGUACAACAACCACAGCACCAACAACAGCAGAAACAACUACAGUGACAAUCAUUACUAGCCGACCCAGUACAAUAUCAGAAACAACCUUUGCCACAACAGAAGGUACAACAACCACAGCAGCAACAACAGCUGACACAACUGCAGUGACAACUACUACUAGCCCAACAAAUUCAAUAUCAGAAACAACUUUUACCACAUCACAAGGUACAACAACCACAGCACCAACAACAGCAGAAACAACUGCAGUGAGAACUACUACUAGCCCAACAAGGACAAUAUCAGAAACAACCUUUGCCACAUCAGAAGGUACAACAAGCAAAACACCAACAACAGCAGAAACAACUGCAGUGACAACUACUACUAGCCCAACAAGGACAAUAUCAGAAUCAACCUUUGCCACAACAGAAGGUACAACAACCAGAGCACCAAAAACAGAAUUUACCACGAAUUUGUACACAACAGAAGCUACAACAACCACAGCACCAACAUCUGCAGUGACGACUACUAUUAGCCCAACAAGUACAAUAUCAGACACAAGCUUUGCCACAACAGAAGGUACCACAACCACAGCACCAACAACAGCAGAAACAACUACAGUGACAACCAUUACUAGCCGACCCAGUACAGUAUCAGAAACAACCUUUGCCACAACAGAAGGUAAAACAACCAUAGCAGCAACAACAGCAGAAACAACCGCAGUGACAACUACAACUAGCCAAACAAGGACAAUAUCGGAAACAACCUUUGCCACACCAGAAGGUACAACAACCACAGCACCAAUAACAGCAGAAACACCUGCAGUGAUGACUACUACUAGCCCAACAAGUACAAUAUCAGAAACAACCUUUGCCACAACAGAAGGUACAACAACAACAGCACCAAAAACAGAAUUUACCACAAAUUUGUACAAAACAGAAGCUAAAACAACCACUAGCCCAACAAGUACAAUAUCAGAAACAACGUUUGCCACAACAGAAGGUACAACAACCACAGCAGCAACAACAGCUGACACAACUGCAGUGACAACUACUACUAGCCCAACAAGUACAAUACCAGAAACAAUCUUUGCCACAACAGAAGGUACAACAACCACAUCACCAACAACAGAAUUUACCAGAAAUUUGUACACAACAGAAGCUACAACAACCACAGAACCAACAUCUGGAGUAACAACUGUUACUAGCCCAACAAGUGCAAUAUCAGAAACAACAUUUGCCACAACAGAAGGUACAACAACCACAGCACCAAGAACACCAGAAAUAACUGCAGUGACAACUACAACUAGCCCAACAAGUUCAAUAUCAGAAAAAAUUUUUACCACCUCAGAAGGUACAACAACCACAGCACAAACAACAGCAGAAACAACUGCAUUGACGACUACUACUAGCCAAACAAGUACAAUAUCAGAAACAACCAUUGCCACAACAGAAGGUAUAACAUCACCAGCACCAACAACAGCAGAAACAACUGCAGUGACAACCAUUACUAGCCGACCAAGUACAAUAUCAGAAACAAUCUUUGCCACAACAGAAGGUACAACAACCACAGCACCAACAACAGCAGAAACAACUGCAGUGACAAUCAUUACUAGCCGACCCAGUACAAUAUCAGAAACAACCUUUGCCACAACAGAAGGUACAACAACCACAGCAGCAACAACAGCUGACAAAACUGCAGUCACAACUACUACUAGCCCAACAAGUUCAAUAUCAGAAACAACUUUUACCACAUCACAAGGUACAACAACCACAGCACCAACAACAGCAGAAACAACCGCAGUGACAACUACUACUAGCCCAACAAGGACAAUAUCAGAAUCAACCUUUGCCACAACAGAAGGUACAACAACCACAGCACCAACAACAGCAGAAACAACUGACGUGCCAACUACUACUAGCCCAACAAGUACAAUAUCAGAAACAACCUUUGCCACAACAGAAGGUACAACAACCACAGCACCAAAAACAGAAUUUACCACAAAUUUGUACACAACAGAAGCUACAACAACCACAGCACCAACAUCUGGAGUGACAACUGUUACUAGCCCAACAAGUACAAUAUCAGAAACAACCUUUACCACAACAGAAGGUACAACCACAGCAACAACAACAGCAGAAACAACUACAGUGACAAUCAUUACUAGCCGACCCAGUACAAUAUCAGAAACAACCUUUGCCACACCAGAAGGUACAACAACCACAGCACCAACAACAGCAGAAACAACCGCAUUGACAACUACUACUAGCGCAACAAGUACACGAUCAGAAACAACUAUUGCCACAUCAGAAGGUACAACAACCAGAACACCAACAACAGCAGAAACAACUGCAGUGACAACUACUACUAGCCCAACAAGUACAAUAUCAGACACAAGCUUUGCCACAACAGAAGGUACCACAACCACAGCACCAACAACAGCAGAAACAACUACAGUGACAACCAUUACUAGCCGACCCAGUACAAUAUCAGAAACAACCUUUGCCACAACAGAAGGUAAAACAACCACAGCAGCAACAACAGCUGACACAACUGCAGUGACAACUACUACUAGCCCAACAAGUUCAAUAUCAGAAACAACUUUUACCACAUCACAAGGUACAACAACCACAGCACCAACAACAGCAGAAACAACUGCAGUGACAACUACUACUAGCCCAACAAGUACACGAUCAGAGACAACUAUUGCCAUAUCAGAAGGUACAACAAGAAAAACACCAACAACAGCAGAAACAACUGCAGUGCCAACUACUACUAGCCUAACAAGGACAAUAUCAGAAUCAACCUUUGCCACAACAGAAGGUACAACAACCACAGCACCAACAACAGCAGAAACAACUGAAGUGACAACUACUACUAGCCCAACAAGUACAAUAUCAGAAACAACCUUUGCCACAACAGAAGGUACAACAACCAGAGCACCAAAAACAGAAUUUACCACAAAUUUGUACACAACAGAAGCUACAACAACCACAGCACCAACAACUGCAGUGACGACUACUAUUAGCCCAACAAGUACAAUAUCAGAAACAAGCUUUGCCACAACAGAUGGUACAACAACCACAGCACCAACAACAGCAGAAACAACUACAGUGACAACCAUUACUAGCCGACCCAGUACAAUAUCAGAAACAACCUUUGCCACAACAGAAGGUAAAACAACCACAGCAGCAACAACAGCUGACACAACUGCAGUGACAAAUACUACUAGCCCAACAAGUUCAAUAUCAGAAACAACAUUUGCCAUAAUAGAACGUACAACAACCACAGCACCAACAACAGCAGAAACAACUGAAGCGACAACUACUACUAGCCCAACAAGUACAAUACCAGAAACAAUCUUUGCCACAACAGAAGGUACAACAACCACAGCACCAAAAACAGAAUUUACCACAAAUUUGUACACAACAGAAGCUACAACAACCACAGCACCAACAUCUGCAGUGACGACUAUUACUAGCCCAACAAGUACAAUAUCACAAACAACCUUUGCCAAAAGAGAAGAUACAACAACCACAUCACCAACAACAGAAUUUACCACAAAUUUGUACACAUCAGAAGCUACAACAACAACAGCACCAACAUCCGGAGUGACAACUGUUACUAGCCCAACAAGUACAAUAUCAGAAACAACGUUUGCCACAACAGAAGGUACAACAACCACAGCACCAACAACAGCAGAAACAACCGCAGUGACAACUACUACUAGCCCAACAAGUACAAUAUCAGAAACAGCAUUUGCCAUAAUAGAAGGUACAACAACCACAGCACCAACAACAGCAGAAACAACUACAGUGACAACUACUACUAGCCCAACAAGUACAAUAUCAGAAACAACCUUUGCCACAACAGAAGGUACAACAACCACAGCACCCACAACAGCAGAAACAAUUACAGUGACAAUCAUUACUAGCCGACCCAGUACAAUAACAGAAACCACCUUUGCCAAAACAGAAGGUACAACCACAGCACCAACAACAGCUGACACAACUGCAGUGACAACUACUACUAGCCCAACAAGUACAAUAUCAGAAACAACAUUUGCCAUAACAGAAGGUACAACAACCACAGCACCAACAACAGCAGAAACAACUGCAGUGACAACUACUACUAGCCCAACAAGUACAAUAUCAGAAACAACCUUUGCCACAACAGAAGGUACAACAACCAGAGCACCAAAAACAGAAUUUACCACAAAUUUGUACACAACAGAAGCUACAACAACCACAGUACCAACAUCUGCAGUGACGACUACUACUAGCCCAACAAGUACAAUAUCAGAAACAACCUUUGCCACAAAAGAAGGUACAACAACCACAGCACCAACAACAGCAGAAACAACUACAGUGACAAUCAUUACUAGCCGACCCAGUACAAUAUCAGAAACAACCUUUGCCACAUCACAAGGUACAACAACCACAGCACCAACAACAGGAGAAACAACUGCAGUGACAACUACUACUAGCCCAACAAGUUCAAUAUCAGAAACAACUUUUACCACAUCACAAGGUACAACAACCACAGCACCAACAACAGGAGAAACAACUGCAGUGACAACUACUACUAGUCCAACAAGUACAAUAUCAGAAACAACAUUUGCCACAACAGAAGGUACAACAACCACAGCACCAACAACAGCAGAAACAACUGCAGUGACAACUACUACUAGCCCAACAAGUACAAUAUCAGAAACAGCAUUUGCCAUAAUAGAAGGUACAACAACCACAGCACCAACAACAGCAGAAACAACCGCAUUGACAACUACUACUAGCGCAACAAGUACACGAUCAGAAACAACUAUUGCCACAUCAGAAGGUACAACAACCAAAACACCAACAACAGCAGAAACAACUGCAGUGCCAAAUACUACUAGCCCAACAAGGACAAUAUCAGAAUCAACCUUUGCCACAACAGAAGGUACAACAACCACAGCACCAACAACAGCGGAAACAACUGACGUGACAACUACUUCUAGCCCAACAAGUACAAUAUCAGAAACAACCUUUGCCACAAAAGAAGGUACAACAACCAGAGCACCAAAAACAGAAUUUACCACAAAUUUGUACACAACAGAAGCUACAACAACCACAGCACCAACAUCUGCAGUGACGACUACUAUUAGCCCAACAAGUACAAUAUCAGACACAAGCUUUGCCACAACAGAAGGUACCACAACCACAGCACCAACAACAGCAGAAACAACUACAGUGACAACCAUUACUAGCCGACCCAGUACAAUAUCAGAAACAACCUUUGCCACAACAGAAGGUACAACAACCACAGCAGCAACAACAGCUGACACAACUGCAGUGACAACUACUACUAGCCCAACAAGUUCAAUAUCAGAAACAACUUUUACCACAUCACAAGGUACAACAACCACAGCACCAACAACAGCAGAAACAACUGCAGUGACAACUACUACUAGCCCAACAAGUACAAUAUCAGAAACAACAUUUGCCAUAAUAGAAGGUACAACAACCACAGCACCAACAACAGCAGAAUCAACUGAAGUGACAACUUCUACUAGCGCAACAAGUACACGAUCAGAAACAACUAUUGCCACAUCAGAAGGUACAACAACCAAAACACCAACAACAGCAGAAACAACUGCAGUGCCAACUACUACUAGCCCAACAAGGACAAUAUCAGAAUCAACCUUUGCCACAACAGAAGGUACAACAACCACAGCACCAACAACAGCAGAAACAACUGAAGCGACAACUACUACUAGCCCAACAAGUACAAUACCAGAAACAAUCUUUGCCACAACAGAAGGUACAACAACCACAGCACCAAAAACAGAAUUUACCACAAAUUUGUACACAACAGAAGCUACAACAACCACAGCACCAACAUCUGCAGUGACGACUAUUACUAGCCCAACAAGUACAAUAUCACAAACAACCUUUGCCAAAAGAGAAGAUACAACAACCACAUCACCAACAACAGAAUUUACCACAAAUUUGUACACAUCAGAAGCUACAACAACCACAGCACCAACAUCCGGAGUGACAACUGUUACUAGCCCAACAAGUACAAUAUCAGAAACAACGUUUGCCACAACAGAAGGUACAACAACCACAGCACCAACAACAGCAGAAACAACUGCAGUGACAACUACUACUAGCCCAACAAGUUCAAUAUCAAUAACAACUUUUACCACGUCACAAGUUACAAGCACCACAGCACCAACAACAGCAGAAACAACUGCAGUGACAACUACUUCUAGCCAAACAAGUACAAGAUCAGAUUCAACUUUUGCCUCAACAGAAGGUACAACAACCACAGCACCAACAACAGCAGAAACAACUGCAGUGACAACUACUACUAGCCCAACAAGUACAAUAUCAGAAACAACCUUUGCCACAACAGAAGGUACAACAACCACAGCACCAACAACAGCAGAAACAACUACAGUGACAAUCAUUACUAGCCGACCCAGUACAAUGACAGAAACAACUAUUGCCACAUCAGAAGGUACAACAACCAAAACACCAACAACAGCAGAAACAACUGAAUUGACAACUACUACUAGCCCAACAAGUACAAUAUCAGAAACAACUUUUGCCACAACAGAAGGUACAACAACCACAGCACCAAGAACAGCAGAAACAACUACAGUGACAACUACUACUAGCCCAACAAGUACGAUAUCAGAAACAACCUUUGCCACAACCAAAGGUACAACAACCACAGCACCAACAACAGCAGAAACAACUACAGUGACAAUCAUUACUAGCCGACCCAGUACAAUAACAGAAAAAACUAUUGCCACAACAGAAGGUACAACAACCAAAACACCAACAACAGCAGAAACAACUGCAGUGCCAACUACUACUAGCCCAACAAGGACAAUAUCAGAAACAACCUUUGCCACAACAGAAGGUACAACAACCACAGCACCAACAACAGCAGAAACAACUGCAGUGAGAACUACUACUAGCCCAACAAGUACAAUAUCAGAAACAACCUUUGCGACAACAGAAGGUACAACAACCACAGCACCAAUAACAGAAUUUACCACAAAUUUGUACACAACAGAAGCUAAAACAACCACAGCACCAACAUCUGCAGUGAUGACUACUACUAGCCCGACAAGUACAAUAUCACAAACAAACUUUGCGAAAAGAGAAGAUACAACAACCACAUCACCAACAACACAAUAUAACACAAAUUUGUACACAACAGAAGCUACAACAACCACAGCACCAACAUCUGCAGUGAUGACUACUACUAGCCCGAGAAGUACAAUAUCAGAAACAACGUUUGCCACAACAGAAGGUACAACAACCACAGCACCAACAACAGCAGAAACAACUACAGUGACAAUCAUUACUAGCCGACCCAGUACAAUAUCAGAAACAACCUUUGCCACAACAGAAGGUACAACAACCACAGCAGCAACAACAGCUUACACAACUGCAGUGACAACUACUACUAGCCCAACAAGUUCAAUAUCAGAAACAACUUUUACCACAUCACAAGGUACAACAACCACAGCACCAACAACAGCAGAAACAACCGUAGUGACAACUACUACUAGCCCAACAAGUACACGAUCAGAAACAACUACUGCCACAUCAGAAGGUACAACAACCAAAACACCAACAACAGCAGAAACAACUGCAGUGACAACCAUUACUAGCCGACCCAGUACAAUAUCAGAAACAACUUUUGCCACAACAGAAGGUACAACAACCACAGCACCAACAACAGCAGAAACAACUACAGUGACAACUACUACUAGCCCAACAAGUACAAUAUCAGAAACAACCUUUGCCACAACAGAAGGUACAACAACCACAGCACCAACAACAGCAGAAACAACUGAAUUGACAACUACUACUAGCCCAACAAGUACAAUACCAGAAACAAUCUUUGCCACAAUAGAAGCUACAACAACCACAGCACCAACAUCUGCAGUGACGACUACUACUAGCCCAACAAGUACAAUAUCACAAACAACCUUUGCCAAAAGAGAAGAUACAACAACCACAUCACCAACAACAGAAUUUACCACAAAUUUGUACACAACAGAAGCUACAACAACCACAGCACCAACAUCUGGAGUGACAACUGUUACUAGCCCAACAAGUACAAUAUCAGAAACAACGUUUGCCACAACAGAAGGUACAACAACCACAGCACCAACAACAGCAGAAACAACUGCAGUGACAACUACUACUAGCCCAACAAGUACAAGAUCAGAAACAACCUUUGCCACAACAGAAGGUACAACAACCACAGCACCAACAACAGCAGAAACAACUGCAGUGACAACUACUACUAGCCCAACAAGUUCAAUAUCAGAAACAACUUUUACCACAUCACACGGAACAACCACAGCACCAACAACAGCAGAAACAACUGCAGUGACAACUACUACUAGCCCAACAAGUACAAUAUCAGAAACAACAUUUGCAAUAAUAGAAGGUACAAGAACCACAGCACCAACAACAGCAGAAACAACCGCAGUGACAACUACUACUAGCCCAACAAGUACAAUAUCAGAAACAACCUUUGCCACAACAGAAGGUACAACAACCGCAGCACCAACAACAACAGAAACAACUGCAGUGAGAACUACUACUAGCCCAACAAGUACAAUAUCAGAAACAAUCUUUGCCACAACAGAAGGUACAACAACCACAGCACCAACAACAGCAGAAACAACUACAGUGACAAUCAUUACUAGCCGGCCCAGUACAAUAACAGAAAAAACUAUUGCCACAUCAGAAAGUACAACAACCAAAACACCAACAAGAACAGAAACAACUGCAGUGCCAACUACUACUAGCCCAAAAAGGACAAUAUCAGAAACAACCUUUGCCACAACAGAAGGUACAACAACCACAGCACCAACAACAGCAGAAACAACUGCAGUGAGAACUACUACUAGCCCAACAAGUACAAUAUCAGAAACAACCUUUGCCACAACAGAAGGUACAACAACCACAGCACCAAAAACAGAAUUUACCACAAAUUUGUACACAACAGAAGCUAAAACAACCACAGCACCAACAUCUGCAGUGAUGACUACUACUAGCCCGACAAGUACAAUAUCACAAACAAACUUUGUCAAAAGAGAAGAUACAACAACCACAUCACCAACAACACAAUAUAACACAAAUUUGUACACAACAGAAGCUACAACAACCACAGCACCAACAUCUGCAGUGACAACUGUUACUAGCCCAAAAAGUACAAUAUCAGAAACAACGUUUUCCACAACAGAAGGUACAACAACCACAGCACCAACAACAGCAGAAACAACUACAGUGACAAUCAUUACUAGCCGACCCAGUACAAUAUCAGAAACAACCUUUGCCACAACAGAAGGUACAACAACCACAGCAGCAACAACAGCUUACACAACUGCAGUGACAACUACUACUAGCCCAACAAGUUCAAUAUCAGAAACAACUUUUACCACAUCACAAGGUACAACAACCACAGCACCAACAACAGCAGAAACAACCGUAGUGACAACUACUACUAGCCCAACAAGUACACGAUCAGAAACAACUACUGCCACAUCAGAAGGUACAACAACCAAAACACCAACAACAGCAGAAACAACUGCAGUGACAACCAUUACUAGCCGACCCAGUACAAUAUCAGAAACAACUUUUGCCACAACAGAAGGUACAACAACCACAGCACCAACAACAGCAGAAACAACUACAGUGACAACUACUACUAGCCCAACAAGUACAAUAUCAGAAACAACCUUUGCCACAACAGAAGGUACAACAACCACAGCACCAACAACAGCAGAAACAACUGAAUUGACAACUACUACUAGCCCAACAAGUACAAUACCAGAAACAAUCUUUGCCACAAUAGAAGCUACAACAACCACAGCACCAACAACAGAAUUUACCAAAAAUUUGUACACAACAGAAGCUACAACAACCACAGCACCAACAUCUGGAGUGACAACUGUUACUAGCCCAACAAGUACAAUGUCAGAAACAACAUUUGCCACAACAGAAGGUACAACAACCACAGCACCAACAACAGCAGAAACAACUGCAGUGACAACUACUACUAGCCCAACAAGUACAAUAUCAGAAACAACAUUUGCCACAACAGAAGGUACAACCACAGCACCAACAACAGCAGAAACAACCGCAGUGACAACUACUACUAGCCCAACAAGUACAAUAUCAGAAACAACCUUUGCCACAACAGAAGGUACAACUACAACAGCACCAACAACAGCUGACACAACUGCAGUGCCAACUACUACUAGCCCAACAAGGACAAUAUCGGAAAAAACCUUUGCCACAACAGAAGGUACAAGAACCACAUCACCAACAACAGUAUUUACCACAAAUUUGUACACAACAGAAGCUACAACAACCACAGCACCAACAUCUGCAGUGACAACUAUUACUAGCCCAACAAGUACAAUAUCAGAAACAACGUUUGCCACAACAGAAGGUACAACAACCACAGCACAAACAACAGCAGAAACAACUACAGUGACAAUCAUUAGCCGACCCAGCACAAUAUCAGAAACAACCUUUGCCACAACAGAAGGUACAACAACCACAGCACCAACAACAGCAGAAACAACGGCAGUGACAACUACUACUAGCCCAAAAACUGCAAUAUCAGAAACAAUCGUUGCCACAACAGAAGGUACAACAACCAGAGCAACAACAACAGCAGAAUCAACUGCAGAGACAACUACUACUAGCCCAAAAACUGCAAUAUCAGAAACAAUCUUUGCCACAACAGGAGGUACAACAACCAGAGCAACAACAACAGCAGAAACAACUACAGUGACAACCAUUAUUAGCAGACCCAAUACAAUAUCAGAAACAACCUUUGCCACAAUAGAAGGUACAACAUCUGCAGUGACAACUACUACUAGCCCAACAAGUACAAUAUCAGAAACAACUUUUACCACAUCACAAGGUACAACCACAGCACCAACAACAGCAGAAACAACUACAAUGACAAGCAUUACUAGCAAAACAAGUACAAUCUCAGAAAAAACCAUUGCCACAACCGAAGGUACAACAACCACAGCACCAGCAACAGAAUUCACCACAAAUAUGUACACAACAGAAGCUACAACAACCACAGCACUAACAACAGCAGAAACAACUGCAGUGACAACUAUUUCUAGCCCAACAAGUACAAUAUUAGAAACAACCUUUGCCACAACAGAAGGUACAUCAAUCACAGCACUACCAACAGCAGAAACAACUGCAGUGACAACUAUUUCUAGCCCAACAAGUACAAUAUUAGAAAUAACCUUUGCCACAACAGAAGGUACAUCAAUGACAGCAACAAAAACAGCAGAAACAACUGCAGUGACAACUACUACUAGCCCAAUACGUACAAUAUCAGAAACAACCGUUGCCACAACAGAAUUUACAUCAAGCACAGCAGAAACAACUGCAGUGACAACUAUUGCUAUCCCAACAAGUACAUUAUCAGAAACAAUCUUUUCCACAACAGAAGGUACAACAACCACAGCACCAGCAACACAAGUUACCACAAAUAUGUACACCACAGAAGCUACAACAACCAUAGCAUUGACAACAGCAGAAACAACUGCAGUGACAACUACUAGUAGCCCAACAAGUACAAUAUCAGAAACAAUCUAUGCCACAAAAAAAGUUACAUCAAGCACAGCAGAAACAACUGAGGUGACAACUAUUGCUAUCCCAACAAGUACAUUAUCAGAAACAACCUUUUACACAACAGAAAGUACAACAACCACACCGCUAACAACAGAAUUUACCACAAGUUUGUACACAACAGAAGCUACAACAACAACAGCACCAACAUCUGCAGUGACAACUACUAGUAACCCAACAAGUACAAGUUCAGAAUCAACCUUUGCCACAAGAGAAGGUACAACCACCUCAGCACUAACAACAGCAGACACAACUGCAGUGACAACUUCUACUAGACCAACAACUACAAUAUCAGAAAUAACUUUUACCACAUCACAAGGUACAACAACCACAGCACCAAAAACAGCAGAAACAACUGCAAUGACAACUACUACUAACCCAACAAGUACAAGUUCAGAAACAACCGUUGCCACAAGAGAAGGUACAACAACCUCAGCACUAACAACAGCAGACACAACUGCAGUGACAACUACUACUAGACCAACAACUACAAUAUCAGAAAUAACUUUUACCACAUCACAAGGUACAACAACCACCGCACCAACAACAGCAGACACAACUGCAGUGACAACUACUACUAGCCCAACAAGUACAAGAUCAGAAACAACCUUUGCCACAACAGAAGGUACAACAACCACAGCACCAACAAUAGCAGAAACAACUACAGUGACAAACAUUACUAGCCGACACAUUACAAUAUCAGAAAGAACCUUUGCCACAACAGAAAGUUCAACAACCACAGCACCAACAACAGCAGAAACAACAUCAGUGACAACUACUACUAACCCAACAAGUGCAAUAUCAGAAACAACCAUUGCCACGACAGAAGGUACAACAACUACAGCAGAAACAAGUGCAGUGACAACUACUACUAGGCCAAGAAGUACAAUAUCAGAAACAACCUAUGCCACAACAGAAGGUACAACAACUACAGCACCAAGAACCACAGCACCAACAAGAGCAUUAACAACUGCAGUGAAAUCUACUUCUAGACCAAUAAGUACAAUAUCAGAAACAACCUAUGCCACAACAGAAGGUACAACAAACACAGCACUACCAACAGCAGAAACAACUGCAGUGACAACUACUACUAGCACAACAAGUACAGUAUCAGAAACAACCUUUACCACAACAGAAGGUACAACAACCACAGCACCAACAACAGCAGAAACAACUGCAGUGAAAACUACUACAAGCCCAACAAGUACAAUAAUAGAAACAACCUUUGCCACAACAGAAGGUACAAAAACCACAGCACCAACUACAGGAUUUACCACCAAUUUGUACAUAACAGAAGAUAAAACAACCACAGCACACACAACAGAAGAAACAACUGCAGUGACAACUACUACUAGCCCAACAAGUACAAUUUCAGAUACACACAGUGCUGCAACAGAAGUUACAACAACCACAACACCAAUAACAGCAGAAACAACUGCAGUGACAACUACUACUAGACUAACAAGUACAAUAUCACAAACAACCUCUGCCACAACAGAAGGUACAACAACCACAGCACCAACAACAGCAGAUCUAACUGCAUUGACAACAGCCAUGACUCCAACUAAUACAAUUUCUGAAGCAACCAGUGCAACAAUAGAAGCUACAUCAAGCACAGCACCAACAUCGGAAACAACUGAAGUGAAAACUACUUGCACCCCAGCAAGUGCAACUUCAGAACCCGCUGAUAUGACAUUCACAUCCACUGUUAUGACAUUCACAUCCACUUUUACACCAACAGAAUUUAUGCCCAAUACUUUGUACACAACUGAAUCUACAACAACCACCCCAUCAACAUCAGCUGAAACAUAUGCAGUUAAAACUACUAUCAUUCCAACAAGUACAAUUCCAGAAACAACCAUGGCUACAACAGAAGCUACAACAAUCACAGCACCAACAACAGCAGAAGGAAUUCCACUGACACCAACUAGCACCCCAACAAGUACCAUUGCUGAAGCAACAGCUACAGAGAAAAUAUCCACUGAAACAACUGUUUUAUACACCAAACAAACAGCAGCAUAUCCAGGUACAACUUUGUACAAAACGCAAGCUACAACAAGCGCAUCACCAACAAUGGCAAAAACAACUACUACCACUUUUGUUAGUGUAUCCAGUGCAAAUCCUACAGUCACCACAGAUCCAAUGACACAAACAAAUGCAAAUGAAGAAACAACAGCAUUCAUAAACACUAGCAAGAAUGCUGAAACAGCUCCAGUUUUAUUCCCAACAGCAGCUCCAAUUUCAACAAAAUCACACCCGACAAAUGCAGCAACUUCAAUACCUGUGGCAACACUGUCAGAUAUAAAUGGAUCAGCUGUGGUUCAGACCAGGAUGGUCUUCAGUUCUUCCUCUCCUGUUCCCAGUGAGAGUUUGGUUCUCAAUGUAACCCAGACUCUUCUGAUUGCUCGACCCACAAACCUCACUGAUUCUGUAAAAGUGCUGAACUUCACCUAUGAGAAAAUUUCAGACACCUCCUAUGCAUUAAAUUUCACAUUCAACAUCAGUAGCGUCAGCAUGACACAGAACCCUGACCUCAGGAACGAUACCUACAGCCAUGUAAAGAGCAUCAUCAACAAUGCUUUAAACACACUUCUAAAUGAAGCUGGCGCAGAACCAUUCGAACCUCAGAGCUCUGUCUUCACGAGUUCAGGAAACCAGGUUAAUGGUGACAUGACGUACCACUUCCAAGAUGGAGACACCAAAACACCAGCAGCUUUCCUGAAUGAGCUUAAAGCACAAAGCACGCCAAUAACUGGAUCAGCUGUGGUUCAGACCAGGAUGGUCUUCAGUUCUUCCUCUCCUGUUCCCAGUGAGAGUUUGGUUCUCAAUGUAACCCAGACUCUUCUGAGUACUCCACUCACAAACCUCACUGAUUCUGUAAAAGUGCUGAACUUCACCUAUGAGAGUACGUUUGUUUUACUAAUAACGCAAUCACAUAAUAUACAAAUUAUUGUCUCAGAGCUGUGACUUCUUUAUCAGACU